UUGGUUUAGAGAUUACAAAAAUGGCUGCGCCCAUGAAGAUAUACCACCAAAUUGCCAAUGACCAAAACUUGAAUUGAGAUUUAAUUAACUAAACACAUGGCUCACGCAGCUAUGCCAAAGUUAUCUAAACUAGAACGAAAACUGCAGAAAAAAAUAACCAAGUCACAGAGAACGUUGUUGAAACACGAUGGAAUCGAAACUUCAGACAAGGCUACCAAGAUUUUAUGUGUCAACAAUGCUGGUCUGGACGUAGGAGUGUCAUAUGAUGAGGUGGCCGAUAUAUUCAGUCCGCUGGGUGAGGUGGAGGAAAUAAUCAUGCUACCUAAGAAACCGUACGCAUUUGUGUGUUACGAGGAUAUAGAUGCAGCUGAGAGAGCAGCGGAGAAACUCAAUGGUCUCGAUCUCCCACAGACACCCAGCAGGACACAAACAGCAACUCUAUACAUUUUCUUUGUGUCUAAAGUUCCAUCAGGACUUUCGCCAUCCCUGGAGAGACCCCCUGGGCUUUUUGUUUUCGAGGACUUUAUAUCGGAGGAAGAGGAGAGACUGUUUCUGUCGGCGGUCGACUGGGAAACUCUGACUAAUGAGAGAGGUGAGCUGAAGCACAGGCAAGUGAAGCACUUUGGGUUUGAGUUUAAAUACGGAGUCAAUGAUGUGGACGCUGAUGACCCCCUCCCUCAAGGAAUUCCCCAGGUCUGCUCAGCCUUUCUGGAGAGAACUCGAGCUACAGGCCACAUUUCUCACUACCCCGACCAACUGACGGUCAAUCGGUACCAACCUGGUCAGGGAAUUCCAUCCCACAUUGACACAGGUCCAGCCUUUGAGGAUGGUAUAAUGUCUCUAAGUCUUGGCUCUCAGGUUUUGAUGGAUUUCUACCACCCAGACGGUCGCCAGCUGUCUGUUCUACUUCCUCCCAGAAGUCUCCUGAUCAUGACGGGAGAAUCUCGUUAUGUGUGGUCACAUGGUAUCACUCCAAGGAAGUCCGACAUUAUUCCCUCCGACGAGGGAAAUCUUAACGUGGUACCCAGAGGUGUUCGGACAUCGUUCACCUUCAGGAAAAUUAUCCACCCCAUGGAGAGACGACAGAGGGAGGCAGAGCAAAGGUCAGGUAACAAACCAACUUUACCUGAGUCCUCAAUGGAGGCUGAAACACUGGAGUCGCAGCAUGUUCACAAGGUUUAUGAAGAGAUUGCGUCACACUUCAGUGGUACCAGACAUAGCCCAUGGCCAAAAAUAGCAGAGUUCCUCCUCAAGCAGCCCCAGGGGUCUGUAAUGGCUGACAUCGGGUGUGGGAAUGGAAAAUACCUUGGAAUUAACAAAUCUAUCUACCAGAUAGGAAGUGACAGAAGCAUGAAGCUGAUGGAGAUUUGCAGGCAGCGAGGAUUUCAGGCCUUUGUGGGGGAUGUACUCUCUCUUCCAUUACGAUCAGAUUCCCUCGACGUCUGCCUCUGUAUAGCUGUCAUUCACCAUCUCUCCACAGAGGAGAGGCGAAUCCAUGCAAUCUCGGAGCUAAUGAGAAUCCUCAGACCAGGUGGCCAGGCCCUUGUUUAUGUGUGGGCGAUGGAACAGGAGAUAAACAAGGUCAAGUCUAAAUACCUAAAGGAGAAAGUGUUUGAUGAGGGAAACUGUGUGGAGAACAGCUCCACUAACAGCUGUGAGCAAGCAAAGGAAGACAACUCUGUGCACUCAAGGACAGACAACUCUGAAUAUUCAAAAAGUGACAAGUGUGAUAUAUCUAGCGAAUUAAAACCACAGAAACAGCAGAGUGUAGAUAAAAAAGAACUGGCCGUCCAUAAAAACCGGACACAUUUCCAGCAGCAGGACCUGUUAGUUCCGUGGCAGCUGAAGGGUCAGUCUGGUCCAGAGAAACAGGUGUUCCACAGGUUUUAUCAUGUCUUCCAGAGCGGAGAAUUAGAGAGAAUAUGUGGACAGGUGUCCGGAUGUGAGGUGUUGAACAGUUACUAUGACCAGGGAAAUUGGGCUGUGUUUUUGUUGAUUUGGCGCUCCAUACACCAGCAUCUACAAACUGCAUUCAUAUGGCUUAGGACCUACCUGUAAUCCAUCCAUCUUAUCACUCUAAUGGUUUGUAUAAAUCGCGGGGUGGGUUGCACAUCGGUAAUUUUACAGAGAUAAACACCGACAUCCUUGAUGAAGAAGACAAGCUUAGAGAGUUGAAUGACACGAGAAUGCACCACAUGUAAGUUUUUAUCAGCCAAAUAUAGUGAAUUAUUUUACACCUGAAACCACACAAUAUCUAAUGAUAAGCGAUCGAUGACCUGAUUAGAAUUCUGAGGUACGCCGAAGUUAGAAUAUUUAUUGAUGAUGUUUUUGUAAUUCUCUACAGAAUUGAAACAAAAUGUUGAAUUUGUUUUUAUUAUAUAAAUUCUAUGAUAACUUAUAUUUAUGUAUCCUACAAUAGAGGUAUUUCUAUCUGCUUCAUGAAUUAAACAAAAUGGACAAUAGGAAAUUAUUUAGCAUAUACAAGAAAUCGUAAUAUCUCUCUAACUUAACGAGAUAUCUCUACAACCAACAGAGAUAUCUCUCUAGUGUAAUGAGACACCUCUUACAAUCACUACCUAGAGUUGUCGUUCCUUGCUUUCACUUUCAUGUGAGUGUAAGGAACGAUAACUCUGGGUAGAGAUUGCACCUCUUAUUCAAAGAGAUAUCUUAUUUUACGAAUAAAUAGUAAAAUGGCUUGCCAUAUCUAGAUCUCUUGUGUUAUUCGAAAAAUAUAUAAGCAGAUAUUUUAGACGAUCUGACGGAUAUCAUUUUUUAAAUGCAUAAUUGUAAUGUCGAUUUCUUGUUUUGUAGAUGCGGCAAAUCCGACAAUUGUGGAUUGCAAAUUGUUGUCACAGAGAGACUUUCCUCACAGAGAAAGCACAUCCGUUAGUGGUCGGUUGGUCUUUUGCUUCAUGUCUCUGGAGAUACUUGGAACUUAUACCGAACAAUAUAUCGAAAUUAACAAUUAGUUCAUUGAGGAUUCAUGGCAAUAGAAACAGCUGUAGAUACCACCCUAAUGAAGAGGAAACACUGCCAGGAAGAAGAGACGGUAAAUGAGAGUUAAUCCUGCUGGAUAUGAGAGUGAGGCAGUGCACGAGGAAAUGAAGUGCUCGGUGCUUUACGUCCUUCCUUUCUAGAUGUCACGUGAUGUAGGUGAAGUGCCACAAAUUUUGACCCUUGUCUUUGUUUAUUUGUUUUACGGUCCAUUGAGAAACUUUGUAUUUAGAUAUAAUAUUCCCAGCAGGAAGUGUCCGUACGUGUUGUCUAUCUGGACAACGUCUGCCACUAGGUCAUUUAAGUAUUACAGUUAAGGAAAAUGGCCACGCCUACUUCCUGGGCACAGGAGGUCAUCACUUGUGACCUUUGUGAUAAUCCCACUCAGCAAUUCUGUAACAACUGUCAGAUCAAACUGUGUGUGGAUUGUGUCAAUAAACAUAUCCAGAAGUUGAAGAAUCUAACCCAUGACAUCGUUCCGUUCAAAAAUAAACAGAUACGGCUAGUUUUUUCUGAGUGUAAGCUUCACUGUAACCAGAAAUGUGAGGCACAUUGCCGGCAGUGCGAUGUACCAGUGUGCAUGACGUGUGUCCUUGGCCCACAUAAAGGUCAUAAUGCGAUAGAAAUGUUGAAAAUCGUCAAGAACAGAAAAGAAAGAAUUAAGAAAGACACACGUGAGAUGGAAACUGUCCUGAUUCCAAAGUAUAGAACUAAAAAUGCCGAAACGGAAAGUGAAAUAUCCGAAACAACCACCAGAUACGAAGAGUUAGAGAAAUCAACUGAAAAGCUGAGAGCAGUGUGGCAUCAAGAAGUGGAUUUCAUUUUCAACAAGCUCCGUUCAUUAAUCAAGCUGACUAAGGAUAACCACGUCUCUCCGUUAAAAACCAACCACUCCAAAUUAGGAAAUUUUAUUUCAGAUAUGAUCCAAACGGUUGAAGAAAACAAAGGAAUAAUCGAAUCCAAUAACGUUUCAGAAGUCAUGAACUACAAAUGGAAAAUAAUGGAGUACAGUAAUAUUCCAAAAGACAUUCAGAGGAAAAUCCCUUCUCUUAAAAUAAACACUAUUCACGGCAAAGAACUGAAGAUAGAAAUAGGAAAAUACAAGGCUAAAUUAUCACAGAUAUCACCACCUGAUAUAAAUGAAGUCUCCAAAUUGGUCUUAAGAGAGCGUUCAGACAGAGUAUGGACGAUUACCACUAUUCCUACUGGAUAUAAGCCUCUCUACAGAAUCGCCUGUGUGGGAAAAGAUGAAGUGUGGGUUAGUGGUAAAAAUAAAAGGAUGGGGCGAUUUGACAUAUUUGGACAAGAGAAGGAAAUUGUCACUGUAGCAUGUCCUAUGUAUCCUAGUGAUAUAUCUGUGACCAGACAGGGAGAGUUGAUGUACACUGACGGUAGCAAUGGAACAGUCAACAUUGUCCGAAGCGGGAAGACAGAGGCACUGAUCACCACACAGCAGGACUGGUAUCCAGAAGGACUGUGCUGUACCAGAUCAGGGGACAUCCUGGUCAGUAUGUCAACUACUGAUUUUAGCCAUUGCAAAAUUGUCCGUUAUCAGGGUCGAAAUGUGCAACAGGAAAUAGAGAAAGAUGACGAUGGAAAAGCAAUCUACAAAGGCGGCGACAAUAUGUUGUUUGUUGAGGAGAAUAACAAUGGUGACAUUUGUGCCUCUAACAUUGAUUCUGGGACAGUGGUUGUGGUGGACAAAUUCGGGAGAAUUCGAUUCAAAUACGACGGCACACCAGCCGGACGAAAGGAGCAGUUUAGUCCUAUAAAAGUAGUUACAGACUCCUUAGGUCAGAUUAUUGUGGCAGAUUACAACAAUGAGUGUUUACAUGUUCUGGAUCACAACGGACGAUUCCUAAAGUGUGUGAGCAACUUUGGACUGGAGAAACUUUUUGGGCUGGGUAUGGAUUGUGAGGGAAGAUUGUGGGUAGGUUUUGCUGAAUCGGGAGAAAUCAAAGUGAUCCAAUACAAUCUCUAAAUUUGAAAAUAGAAAAUAUGGACACAAAAUAUGUCAAACAAUAAUCCAGAACUUUUCCUUUCUGUAUUACAUAUUGAAUUCAUUCAACUUGAAAAGUUGAAAGUGCUCCUGUGCGAAUAUAGCGGUUGAAACCGUGAAAAGACAUACCAAGUCCACGGAAUAGUUAACUCGAACUAUCAUGCAAUCUGUUAACAGAUGUACUUUAUACAUGGAAUAAUUUCUGUGGAAAUGAGGGGGUUAUUCAUAUUCGGUCUCUCAUAGGGGGAUAGGAAAGACCGAAUAUAAAUACCCCCCCCCCCCCUAUUUUCACAAAAAUUAAAUAUGGAACAAACAGA